UUUUCAGUAGAGAUGGGGUUUCACCAUGUUGGUCAGGCUAGUCUCGAACUUUUGAUGACCUCAGAUGAUCCACCCACCUUGGCCUCCCAAAGUGCUGGGAUUAUAGGCCUGAGCCACCACGCCCGGCCUCCCAGCCCCUAAUUCUUAUGUUCAUCAAUCAGUCUCUUGCUGGAGUUCCCCUAGGAGGAGGUGAAAUGACCCCAGCUCGCUGUUCCUCACAUGGGUGCUGCCACGUCACUGGCUCAGGCUCAGCUGCUGGGUCACCAGGAGAAUGGACCCUUCCUCCACCUCAGCUCAGAGCACAGUGAUGAUUCGUGACUUUCCCAAUAGAACUUCAAAUCUCUGAAGACGGGGGGUGGGGGGAUGUGCUUGAGUGUUUGUACUCAUGGUCUUGUUCUUGGAGUGACAAAGCUGGGACACAAUACCUCUAUGCAUGAAAAGGUUGUCACUUGUCACAACUAACAGGCUUUCACCUCACGGAAAUUUUCUUCCCUUGUGUACUUUUCCCCUGGCAGUGGACAUGGCUGCACUCUUCCAAGAAGCAAGCAGCUGUCCCGUCUGCUCAGACAAUCUGGAAAAACCAAUGUCCCUGGAGUGUGGAUGCGCCGUCUGCUUCAAGUGCAUCAAUUCACUGCAGAAGGAGCCCCAUGGGGAGGAUCUACUUUGCUGUUGCUGUUCCAUGGUCUCUCAGAGGAACAAAAUCAGGCCCAAUCGGCAGCUAGAGAGGCUGGUUUCCCACAUCAAGGAACUGGAGCCCAAGCUGAAGAAGAUUCUGCAGAUGAAACCAAGGAUGCGGAAGUUCCAAGUGGAUAUGACCUUGGAUGCCGACACAGCCAACAACUUCCUCCUCAUUUCUGACGACCUCGGGAGUGUCCGAAGUGGGCUCAUCACACAGAAUCGGCAAGACCUUGCCGAGAGAUUUGACGUGUCCAUUUGCGUCCUGGGCUCCCCUCGCUUUACCUGUGGCCGCCACUACUGGGAGGUGGACGUGGGAACAAGCACAGAAUGGGACCUGGGAGUCUGCAGAGAAUCUGUUCACCGCAAAGGGAAGAUCCAGCUGACCACAGAGCUUGGAUUCUGGACUGUGAGUUUGAGGGAUGGAGGCCGCCUCUCUGCCAGCACGGUGCCGCUGACUUUCCUCUUCGUAGACCGCAAGUUACAGCGAGUGGGGAUUUUUCUGGAUAUGGGCAUGCAGAACGUUUCCUUUUUUGAUGCUAAAAGUGGUUCCCAUGUCUAUACAUUCAGGAGCGUCUCUGCUGAGGAGCCACUGCGCCCAUUUUUGGCUCCUUCAAUUCCACCUAAUGGUGAUCAGGGUGUCUUGAGCAUCUGUCCUUUGAUGAACUCAGGCACUACUGAUGCUCCAGUCCGUCCUGGGGAGGCCAAAUAAGCCCUCACUCCAAAAAAAAAACAGGGUCAGAAAAUUACUUGGGUGGGUAGACUUAGGAAUUUUCUACUUGGUAAAAGCCUUAUACAGUCAUAGGAGAAAGAUAUGGGACAUUUCUAUAAUCUAUAUUCUAAUUUGAUUCGAUUAUUGAGUCGUAAGUAUUAAUUAUUGCCACCAUCCAACUCAUUGAGUCUUACGGUUCACAUCUUGUUUCCUAUAGAAAUGUUCUGUAUUCUCCGAUCAAUUUCCAAAUGCUUUACUUUUUCAUUUCUGUAAGUUCAAAUCAGUGUUUAAAUUAUAGAAGUUAUGAGGUAAAUAAACAUUUGGAUAUCACCUAA